CUGUGAACGGUUCAGGGGCUUGGCAGCGGUCAUGCAAUCAGGACAAAUCUUCAGCCUCUAACUGGUCUGCCGCGGUGCCCGAGCAGCAACACGUGGACAGGGUACAGUUGCGCAUGCAUGUCUGUCUUUUCUGCCUCUUACAGCAUGGCGUUGAGGACACGGCAGCAGAAUGCGAAAGGCUGGGAGCCACUGUUCACGCCUUCGUGGUGGACUGCAGCAAAAGGGAGGAAAUCUGCAGCGCUGCAGAGAAGGUGAAGAAGGACAUUGGGGAUGUCUCCAUCCUGGUGAAUAACGCCGGUGUGAUUACAGCUGCCGACCUGCUCUCAACUCAGGACCACCAGAUUGAAAGGAUGUUUGAAGUCAACAUUCUUGCUCACAUGUGGGUAAGGGCCACUACUAUCUUCACACCUAUGUUUUUUGGGGAGCGUUGCUGAGGAGGCAUAUUUAGACUAACAGUUAUUUUCAGCUAGCAGUGAAUUACAAAAGCGUCUGUCGGACAUGUAUAGCACAGGGGCACCCAGCUAGACUGACUGUUGGGAAACUUGAUUAGCCUCUUGCUGAUCGGAGCCUCACCCAGUUUUUUCAUUCUCUCUUUCCUCUGCAUGAGCUAGCCAGCGACGGCCUCAUCUGCAGCACGGGUGGGUCUCUGUCAGAGGGGUAUUAGGGGUCCCUCUUCACAUUGGGUAGUUUGGGUGCCCGCAGCUGAGCGCCGAGACCCUGCAAGUAGAAGAUACGCAGCUGAAAAAUACAAACCAAUGUUUUUAUCGGCUCACCCGCACAAAAGGCAGCCGGUACGUGGCCCGAAUGG